AUGAAACAUACUUAUCGAAAACAAUUGGAAUAUUUGUUUCGUCUUGUCAUUUUGGCCAUACUCUCUCUCCUCUCAUUAUUAACUAUUUAUCCAGCUCCUACAUCAACAUUAUGGUUAGUGUCUGUUAUAGCUAGCGAAUAUUCUAUCUUCUUUGCUGGAUUAACAUUCAUUACAUUACUAAGUGGAUUCUUUUCAAGUUGUUGUGUAAUAUUUGGAACAGUUAUUGGUCUUAUCACUCUAUUCUUAUUUUUAACUCCAAUUAUAAGAGCUCAUUUUAUUGUACAACAGUUACCCAGUAAUCUGAAGCAAGCAUUCAGUCAUGUUAACAAGAAUACAGUAUUGAACGAUAAAUUAUCUACGACUGAACCCUUCAGCAUUAGUAAACUAUUUCAAAGUACACGAAAGAUACCAUAUCAAACGUUUACAUAUGUUACUUAUGAUGAUAUUACUUUAAAAUUAGAUUACUAUCCAUCAACUAUUACUGGAAAACGACCUUGUGUAUUAGUAAUACAUGGUGGUUCUUGGAUUACCGGUUCUCGUAAACAAUUACCAGAACUUAACAGUCAUUUAGCACGCAUUGGUUAUCAUGUAGUAGCAAUUAAUUAUCGAUUAGCUCCAAAAUGGAAAUGUCCUGCACCAAUAGAAGAUACACAUGCAGCUUUGAACUAUUUACGAGAUCAUGCUGAUGAAUUAAAUAUUGAUAUUGAUAAUUUUAUACUUCUUGGUCGUUCAGCUGGAGGACAAAUAGCACUUUUAUCAGCUUAUACACUUGAAAAACUAGGUAUUAAAGGUGCAAUCAAUUUUUAUGGACCAGUUGAUAUGAUAUGGGGCUAUAAAAAUCCGACUAAUCCAUUGGUUUUAGAUUCACACGAAACACUUGUUAGAUAUGUUGGUGGUACAUAUGAAGACAUACCAGAAAAAUAUAAAGCAAGUUCACCAAUCGAAUUUGUUAAGAAAUCUACAGUACCUACUCUUAGUUUUCAUGGUGCAACUGAUGCAUUAGUAUUCGACGAACAUGCUCGUCGUCUUGCAGAUAAAUUAAAAGAAAAUGAAGUACCUAAUUAUUUUCUUCUACUACCUUGGGCUACACAUGGUUUUGAUUAUAAUCUCAAUGGCCCUGGUGGACAACUUUCAACAUAUGCAAUUGAAUAUUUUUUGCAUGUAGUUACUCAAAAAUAA